ACCCUCACCCCGCCUUCGCUCCGCCCCGGGUUCGGUCAGACACGUGGCCCGUGGGGCCCGGGAGGUGUCCCGGCAGCGCAGGGCCCGCCCCGGAAGGUUUUGGGGGUGGCGGGUGAGGUGACCUCCUGCCAGCUCGCGCAGUCCCCAGGCCACCAAGCAUAUGAUCUCUGGGGCCGCCCUUCGGCUGCAGACACUUCAGGACCACCUGGGCUCCCUGGGGGGCAGAGGCAUGGAGCCCGUCAGCAGCCCGCUGACCACACACGUGCUGGACACUGCCUCGGGGCUCCCAGCCCAGGGCCUCUGCCUCCGUCUGUCCAGGCUCGAAGACCGUGGCCAGCAGUGGACCGAGCUGACGAGAAGCUCUACAGACCCCGACGGCCGCUGCCCCGGCCUCCUACCGCCAGGCCGGGUGAGGGCGGGCACCUACAAGCUGUCCUUCGACACCGAGGGCUACUGGAAGACGAGAGGCCAGGAGAGCUUCUACCCGUAUGUGGAGGUGAGGGAGGAGGGGUCCCCCUGUGACCCUCGGGCAGGCCCUGCCCCUCCCCCCUGCCUUGAGCCCCCAGGAGAAAGGGCUGCCCGGCCUUUACCCCCGCACGCUCAGUCCCUGGGGACAGGUGUCUCCCUUUGCCUGACCGGGGAGGGUCUGGCUCCAGCCCCAGGCCUGCGUCUGCACAGGCGCCAGGCUGCUGCUGCAGCGGCGGCGUCCCGGCCCCUGGCUCUCCUGGUGCCUCCUCUGCUCUCAGGUGGUUUUCACCAUCACAAACGAGACCCACAAGUUCCACGUGCCUCUGCUGCUGAGCCCGUGGUCCUACACCACGUACCGAGGGAGCUAGCAGGUGGCUGCCAGCGGGCCUACGAGCAUGAGCCUGGACCCCGCACCCUCCUGUGUGGGCUGUGGCCUCACGGGGCAGCGGGUCACACUUCUGGGGGACGUUCUGGCCCCCAAUUUCAAUAAAGUCGGAGCUGGCAUCUUC